AUUCUAUAAUCUGUGGUACAAAAAAUGGCUACAGCUUUGUUUAGAUUCAACAACUUCUGCUACUAAAGUAAAUAAUAAGCGUAAUACAGAUAAAAUUAAAAUCUUUACGCCUUUUUUGUAAACAUAUUGAAUUGUUAAUUUAGGUGCCAGAGAAUAUAUUAAAUGGCUAAGUUAUUUACGACGUUAUGCCCGAAGAAGUGUCGAGAAUAGGCAAAAACAAAAAUAGUGAUAGGAUACAGAAUGGAUUCCUCAAAGGAAUUUAGUUGUAUAUUUUGUAAGGAGUCUUUUGAGAAUAAAGAAGAACUACAAAUACAUUUCAGGAAACAUGGGGAUCCGAACUUCAAUCAAAAUACGAAGACUAAAGCAAAAUCCGAUGAUACUAAUGGGCAGAAAUCUAAAGAAGGGGCCGAUAUGAUAAGUUGUGACGUGUGUACGGAGUUGUUUCCGACGAUUUCUAAGGCAAUAACUCACAAGCACAAAUUCCACCCAGACCACGAUGCGAAAUACUUCUGCCCCUGGUGCGGGAAGCUGUUCACGAUGAAGCAUUUAUAUAACAAACAUAUUAGUACGAGUCAUAAUAACAACGACCAGAAUGCUGAUGAAGAGUUCCCAUGUGACUGUUGUAAUGUUACUUUCCAUCUGUCAUCAGCCAUGUUGUACCAUAAUAAAUUCUUUCAUAGGCAAGAUACUGAUCUGCCAUCUAUAGGGCAGUCAAAGAAAUUGAAAAUGGCUGGACAGAUCUCAUUGAUGAUAUAUUAUUGUCCCUUUUGUGGUCAGGAGUAUAACAACAAAGUCAAUUUACAUAAACACAUGAGUGACGACCAUAGUGACGAAAACCAAAGUCCUGAUGAUGUGCUGCGAUGUCCACUCUGUGAUGCUAUAUUUUAUCAUCUUGAUGCUUAUGAACACCAUCUGUCUUUUCACAGUAUUGAUGACAUGUACAGUGAAAAGAAUGACAUGGUAGAAAGUGUGACAGAUUUUUCUCUUGAAGCUGUUCCACCUGUAAUGGAGAGAGUUGAGAAUCUGGAACCCGAACCUAACAACACACCUGAUGGCGAUGCUAUGGGUCUGGACGAUUUGUUGCUAAUGGCGAUGAGCAACCCUGUGGAUGAAGAUAAUCCAAAAAAGUCUAAAAAGCAUAAGAAACACAAGAAAUCUAAAAAAGCUGCAAUUACAUUAGAUGAGUUUCUAAAUAUGAAUAAAGAUGUUUUUGGUGAAGGUAUAGACUUUCAAGGAGUAGAAGAAGUGCCAUCACAAGUAGUAGCAAAGAGGUUUAAAGUAAAAAAUAAAGCAGCAUCAAUACCCAAAACUGGAACCAAAAUGUCUCGUAUUGAACUGGAAAAAUUGCGUAAACAGGGAAUUGUAAUUAAAAUGAAAGGUUCUUCUGGGAAGAAACCAAUACCAACUAGAGUUAAACAAAUGUGUAAAACAAAUGUCAUUGACUUGAACACGCAAAACCGGUCUACUUCUGUUAAUUCAUCCAAUGAAGUAUUAACCAAGCUGAUUAAUCAAAGUAAUAAUCAAAUAAAAAUAGUAAGAAAGCCUGCACCCACACUAAACGAGACAAAUAGCUUUGAUGAAAAACCUUCAUCUCCUGAAAACAUAGAAGUUGAAUGUGAUUUAAUACAAAGAUACACAUCUUCCGAAACAGAAGGUGAAGAGAAAUCUGAUAUCAAAAAAAUAUCUAAAGAGGAAAUAAGCUCUGGCAUUGAAGACGACCAUUUAGAAAAAUCAUCAAAUAAAGUUGAUACUGCCAACUCUGAUAACCCUACUUUUGAACCUAAUCAUAAUUCGCAGAUUGGUGAUUGUAACAUCAAGAAUAAUGCUAAUCAAAGUACUCCCGAUCAUGACAAAAAUAAAGAUAGUAAUAUUAAUAACUCUCUGAAGUCUUUGAAAAAUGUUAACCAGCACCUAACUGUCAAACCUGUGAUUACUUCAGUAAAAACCAACUGCAAUCCUAAACAUGAAACAUUAACAAAUGAGAGUUUUGACAACACGGUCAUAACGAAACAAAGUGAACCUUCCGAAAAAGAAACUUCAGAAAAAGGUAAAGACAAACCUCUAAAUGCAUUAAAACAUUUGAGUCAUCUUAUUACAAUUAAAUCAGUAUCACAGACUACAAAUGAUAAGCUGCUAUCACAGAUAAAAAGAAGAAAUUCUUUUCAUGAACAUGACUCUCUUGGGGAUUCUAAAACGAAUUCCGACGAAGACGAUUCGUCUUUAGCGUCACGUAAUGAACUACCUUCACCGACGCCAGAACCAAAACAAACGCCCGUGGAAUCAAUAACUGCUUUCAAGAAAUUAAACAGCAAUGUCACUGUAAAAGCAAUGAAGAGUACAAUUCAGCCCUCUCAGGCACAAAUGCCAGAAUUCUCAGACGAAGAAGAAAAAAACAUUAAUCCACCAGCAAAAAUAAAUUUGAACAAUCAACAUGUCAUGAGGUCUUUGUCUACAAUACCACAAAAAAUUGGAAUAGAUCCAGCCUUAUCAACUAAAGGCAGAAUAAAAGAUACUAAUGUUGCUGCUGAAGACAGAACAAAUAUUCAAUCAAAUGUUAAUCUUUUAAGAAAACUUAAAAAUGUUACUGCUAAACCAAUAAAUUCCCAAAAUGCUCAAAUAAAUAAAUUUAAGUCACCAAUGAACCGAAAUAGAACAGAAACACAGGUUGGAAACAAUGAAGAAGGAAAUAAAGAAAUUGAAAUUUAUAAUAUUGAUGACUCUGACAGUGAUAAUUCUGAAGACACUUUACCAAGAGACACAAUGAUCAAAUCAGAUGUUUCUAAGAAUGAAACUAAUAACAUUAAUUGUAAUGUAUUAAAAAAAUUGAGUAAACAUUUAACCAUAAAGCCAACUAAUCAAAAAUCUCCACAAAUUAAUGUUAAAUCAGAACCUGAUCAAGACGAAUUUUCAGAUUAUUCUCAAGAAAAUUCCGAAAAAUAUGCAGAAAAAUGCAAAGUAACUUUAAAUAAAACAAACGAAAUUCUUAAAAAUACGCUAAAGAACUUAAGUAAAAAUGUUACAGUAAAGUCAAGAAACUCUUCCCCAAAUGCGACAGUUACAACCCAAAACAUCAAAAACCAAGAUUAUAAUGGCGAAUGUAAAGACGACAGCGAAAACGACAUUCGUCCAGGUCAAGUCAAAAUCACUGAAGUUGACGAUGAAUACAAUGGUCCAAGUGAUAAUGACGAUUUUGACGAAGAUUUUACUGACAAUCCAAUAGUUCAAUCACCUCACGAUUCAUACAGUGAUGAUGAUAUUGAUUUUUCUCAAAAAUCCCAGGAAGAGUUGGAUGAUAUUGAAAGCAAAAUACAUGCCAAUACAGUCAGUAAAAUCGAAACCAGUCAUAAUGAAAAUUCAAAAAAUAUUGGUAAAGGUAUUACCAUCAAAUCGCUAAGCGAGAAAACGUCUCAAUCGCAUUCAGAGACAGUUAAUACAACAAAAGGAAAUGCAACUAUGCCUGCCAAUCUUAGCAAAGAACUAUCAAUAAAACCAUUCAAACACCCCGUUAAACUGAACCCACAAACAACAAACAAAAUCAACAGAUCAACAGGACAAAUAGCGCGUUGUAAAAGUCAAUUAUCGAACCAAACCACAUCGUCAACCGACCAGACAAAUAUAGUAAACAAGGAAGUGACAGUCAAAACAUUUCAAACAAAGACUGUAAUUCAGGAAAUAACUACAACUGUUACAAAAACUAUCAAAACUGUAAACCAAAGUGUUCAGCAAGAGUUUCAUACUGCCAAUCAGUCAUGUACCCAAAAUGUAUUUAGAAAAGUACAAGGCAUGCGGCCGCCAGUUCAACAGCCCACUAAGAACUACCAAGGUGUAGUAGUCAGACAUGCCGCGCCAAUUAUGGGCACUAAAGUCAAAAAUCCUGUGACCCCUUUAAGACCAACGAGACCACCCGCUACAGUUUCUAAUCAACUAGUACCUGUCAGGCAAGGUACACCUAUGAACGUAAGGCCUCAUACACCAAGGUUGCCUACAGUAAGAAGUAGUGCACCAUCAAACUUUACAAAAACCUCAACUCCAGUUAAAAUGUCGCCUAAUGUCGUAAAUAAUUCUACUAAAAAGAAACCAGUUACACAAGAAGCAAAAGGUCCAUUUAGUUGUUUCAAAAAACCCAAACAAUCAUUGAUACCCGUAUCUGAAUUCUCAGGCGUCAGCAGUGGAGAAGACGACUCUAUAAACUUUGCUACGUCUACACGUGUGAAUAAGUCUAAUGUUAUAAAUAUGGCAAAGACAAUGAAAGGUAAUACAAUUGUUAGUUCAACACAAAUGAAAUCUGAAGUAAGUUCCUGUUCACAACAGCUAAGCAAGCUUAACAAUGUGACAGGAUUAAAAAUAGUUAAGACUAGUCAAGUAAAACAAGUUUCUCAAAUGGAGGAAAAGCAAGACAUUAGUCCUACCAAGAGAAAUACACUGGAAGCCAUAGAAAAAUUACAGAAGCAAGGAUUGUUGGUUAAAAAGCCUCGUCUCGAGGCAAACGAAGAGAGCGGAUUUUCUGAUGAGGAUGACUGUGAGGGUGACGGUGACGACCCCAUGGAAGAGUACAACGAUUUCGAUGACGACUGAUUUGUUGAUCUCUGCAAGUUAUUUUUGAUUUACUACCUUCCGUGGGCGCAACUUGCCACAUUUGCAAUUACCCAAUGCGCCAAAUAGAACCAAUAAAUAAAUGUCAACUUUUCUUAUGUAUUAAAAUGUUAAUAAACAUUGAACACAAAAAUUUUGAAUUGGUAGAUAUGAAAUAGAUAAUUAAAUUAAUGUGAUAACAUUCUGCUUUUCCAGCCAUAAUAAUUUAAAUAUAAUUGAAUGGUGGUUAGUGAACAUUUUGAACUUUGAUUUUGCACAAACACCGAGUCUGUGGAAUGUGUAGUCUACAUUAAAUAAAGAAAACUAUAUGAAAGAUAUCGAACAGCCAUGACUUAAAUUGUUCAAAAUUAUCAUCUACUUUGUAGUAUGAGGUCUACAAAAGAGCAUAAUAUAAUAUGAAAUCAUAUUAUAUUAGCUCUUUAAUUGAAAUAGCCAUAAGAUGUACAUAAUUUAUACCUCAGUGAUAAAAAAUAAUUGUAUAUAAAAAAAUAAUAAGAAGGUAUGUUUAGGAUCGCUUGUGUUAAUUGAUUUCGAUAAAAGAAUUGUUCCUUAGUUUAUUUAUAACUUUAUUAAAAUAUGUGACCAAUUAAA